AUGACUACUUCGCUUGACAUCAACGAUCAAGAAGUGACCACUACAAAGAAGAACGGCACCAAUGCACGAAGAGCCGAGAAACCGCCUUAUAGCUACAUUGCGCUCAUCGUGAUGGCUAUUCAGCAGAGUCAAACUAAGCGGAUGACACUUUCAGAGAUUUAUCAGUUUUUGCAACAAAAAUUUCCCUUUUUCAGAGGCACGUAUCAAGGCUGGAAAAACUCAGUGCGCCACAAUCUGUCUCUGAAUGAGUGCUUCAUCAAGUUGCCCAAAAACAUUGGUCGCCCAGGAAAAGGACACUACUGGACCAUUGAUCCUGCCAGUGAGUUUAUGUUUGAGGAAGGCAGUUACCGUCGAAGACCGCGCGGGUUUCGUCGUAAAUGUCAGAGCAUGGCGGCUCAAGCCACCGGAAAGAUGCCAUUUGUGAUGAGCACUACUGCUUCGAUCGCUGCAGGUGCUGCUGCUUCAAAUGCUGUCAAUGCCCCAGCAAUCGCUGGCAGUCAGUCGCAUCAGCAGCAGCAUCAGCAUCACCUCGCCAACUACGCCACCACCACCAGCGGGGCCAACGAUAACGGCCACUCUUCUUCACAAUCAUGCAGCGUCAGUGGUGAACUGAAUGGUGCCGUUGUCGCUGCUGGUGGUAAUGGUGGAAGCGGUGGCGGUGGCGGCGGCGGUAACGGCAUUGGCACCAACAACCUCGACCUGAUCUCCGCGGACUCUGCCCAGCAAGGGGCACUUCAUCGCACCAACUCUGCAUCGCUCUCCUCCACUGCGGCCGAUCAAUUUGAGUUAACCUCUCUGUCGAGCAUGACACCCAGCUCCGGUCACUUUGCCUCUUUAGCUUUGGAUGAAGUUAUCUUGUGUUGCCUCAACAUGUCUAGCCAGCUUUCAAACUAUGUUAUACCCAAGUUUACUGGCGAUAUACUGCGUUCUGAAGAUUCAAAAUUGCUGACCAACAAUGUUGCUGAAAACAAACUUACGUCAACUCAAGGGGAAUACAAAGGAAAACUUGUAAUUAAAGAGAACACUGCUAAACAAGCCACCGGAGUGUGUUUUGUUUGCCGCAAAGAAUCGGAUCUUGCAACAUCAAAUCUGGCCAUUCGUCGCUGCACCUGCAGCAGUGUUUUUCUACAUGAUCAGUGCAUGGUGAAAACCAUUGCGAGUUCUCUAGACAAGCCUUGUCAGAUGUGCGGUCAGUUCUACACUGGCACCAUCAUCAACUCACGUGUCAACAUGCUUUCGCAUGAAUCGAAUCAAGUCUACAUUCGCAAACGCAACGC